ACUAACUCUUCAUUCAGAAAGAUUCUCGUAUUAUUCUUUUUAAUGAGGAUUCUUGUAUUACACGAGGCAUCAUAAGAAUAGAUCUCUUAAAAGACAAAAGAAGCUCUUUUUAUUUUAAAAUAAAUUGUAAACAAAAAUAUGAAAUUUUCUAGCCUUUAUAUUCGUUUCCCUCCUUCCCUCUGCAGAAGCAGAACCCCCCUCCCCGUCUCUCUCUCUCCCUCCCUCCCUCCCUCCCUCCUUCGUUCGUGUUCGUUCUUCCUCACCUAUCCAAUUUGAACAAGAAAAGGAAAGGCAGGAAGGGGGGAAAAAGAAGGGCAGUCCUUCUUUUCUUCUACAGGUGUGUUCUUCCUUUCUUUCUUGUUUUCUCCUCUCAACUGAAACAAGAAGUCCAAAGCAUAAAGAAAUGGGGUCGGAAGGCGAGAUGGCGAGGAAACCCAGGUUCCUGUGCCUGCAUGGGUUCAGGACCAGCGCAGCAAUCUUGAAGAAGCAGCUCACCAUCAAAUGGCCGGAAUCCGUCCUCCAGAACCUCGAUCUAGUCUUCGUCGAUGCCCCUUACCCCGCCGAGGGCAAAUCAGAGGUCGAAGGGAUCUUCGACCCUCCUUAUUACGAGUGGUUCCAAUUCAACAAGGAGUUCACGGAGUACAGAAAUUUUGAAGAGUGCUUAGCUUACAUAGAGGAAUUAAUGAUCAAGCAUGCUCCCAUUGACGGCCUUCUCGGUUUCUCACAGGGAGCAAUUCUGUCGGCUGGACUUCCAGGUCUGCAAUCCAAGGGUUUGGCGCUGACUAAAGUGCCGAAGAUCAAGUUUCUGAUAAUAGUCGGAGGGGCGAAAUUCAAGGCAAAAUCAGUGGCCGACGACGCUUACGCUUCUCCCAUACAGUGUCCAUCCCUCCACUUUCUCGGGGAGCUGGAUUUUUUGAAGCCACAUGGUAAGGAACUGCUGUUACAUUGUGGAGAUGCUGUGGUGGUUCAUCACCCUAGGGGACAUACCAUUCCCAGACUUGAUGAAAAGGGGCUGGCAACGGUGAACGGCUUCGUCGAGAGGAUCCAAAACCUGGUGAAACAAGAAGGGAAGAACACCCCAGGCCCCAACAAUGAUUUUUACGUAGGGGCUGUUUGAUUAGUUGGAGGAUACAUAUGAUUGUUCUUCAUCAUUUUUAUUUAUUGUAUGUCCGAUUACAAUAAAGCAGAUGAAGGACCAAUUAUAUGUUCUCUAAUCUCUAAAGCACUCUCGUACUAAUCAGCUUAUCAAACCGACGGAAAUCCCAAUCAUGCCAGUGCGAAUAUUACACUGAAUUCACUCAGAAUUGAUGAAAACUAGUAUGUUCAUCAGGUUGCUUAGCGCGAUAAUAUCGUGAUUACUCAAUAAUCUUAACAUGAACGUCAUAUAUAAAAUUAUCGUUUACUAUAAUUUAUUAUAAGAACGGGUUCAGAUUACUGGCUGAUUUGGUGAACCGUCAAAACAAUUGCAAUGGAGGGACAAUUCUUUGUUUGUACGAAUAGGGGCACAUCAAAUGGUCUUUAAUAGUUGGGCUGGUAAUUAUAUGUAUCGUCUCGAUUUGACGUAUACUAUUUUAACAAUGAUUAAUAGGCUUUUUUUUUUCUAAAAAUGGAUUUUAAAAAUUGGUUCUUGGCCCAGCUUUCAAAAGUCGGGCUUUCCCGGGUCCUAGCUUUAACUAUAACGUGAACUAAUAUCAUUCAACUCUGAUUAUUAUUUUUAUUUCUCGUUUUCACUUUUACUUUUCCUAGCUUCCUUGUCGACUUUACAUGACUAGUUUGAAUUUGAUAAACAUUUUGUAUAAUAUUUUUGAGACAGUUCGAAUGAUUUGUUAGAAGUUAGAAGUUAGAACCUAUUACGAUUGAUGACAUGUAUUUGAAAUGUGGUGUUCAAUUCUAAAAUUAGUUUGGUUGUAUAUUCUUUUUCUAGUUUAUACUAUAUAAACGAGUCUAUCAAUGGUUAACUAUGAAAUCAUAAAAUAUUUUAAAAAAAAUUCGCUUCAACUUCAGCUGGUUCACGAAAAAGAGCAUAUUACUAAAUUUAGCUAACAAAUUAUUUAAUUGGGAACAAAUAUAUUUGUUGGAGCAAUGAAAUUCCCUGCAAUAUUCGUAACGAAACUGAAAUUUAGUCACGUCGAUUUGGAUGUUGUUAUCAGUAUAUAAAUAGCGCCUAAUUGCUUAAGGGGUCCAGUGGGUAACGAACGAGUCUACCAUAAGUAGCCUGCACGGAUAGUUGUCGCUCAUCCUUACCAUUUAUCUAAGCUGUCGUUUAAGGCGGGUGUAGCGUACUUUUCCUAUAUGUCACGCGGAUAGCCGUCCAUAUACAACCUCAAGUUUAAUCUCACCCGUUGAAUCCUCUCUUCGCAUCGUCGCUUCAUCGAACGCGUUUUCCCCCCUGCGUUUUCCCUUCGUCAAACGGCUGGCGGUUGACAGAGUUUAGGGUGGCAUCGACAUUUCAGAUUCACUUUUUUUUCUCGUGAUUCGCUCCUACUCCUGAUGCAUCUCCUUUUAUUCCCGGCGUUUCUUCUUCAUCCCAAAAUUUGCAACCCUCUACCUCUUCGUUAAGAUGGACUCUGUAGUAGUCUUGGAGACAAUCGCCGGGUUGUGUUGGUCGCCAGAAAUCCUGCCAGAAAAUGCUGUGUGGAUUUCUAGCCUCUUUUCUGGUCAUUUAGUUUCUCUAUCUAUCCUCCAUCCCAAACAUGCACGCACGAUGGCAGGGCAGUUGUUGUAAUUCAGAGGGUUAAGCUGAUUUGCAGGAAGUGAUAAAAAAAAUCAAAAUAAAAUUAUUUUGAAUUGUACGGAUCAAGUUUGAAUACUUAAACAUCGUUUGCUUCGAUUGUGAAUGCUAUAAUCCACUCUCCAGUUCCAGUCCAUCUCUUCCUGCAAAUCUUCAGAAUGAGAGUACCAGAGUCAACGUGAAUAGUAAACCUUCCAAGUCUUCAGAAGGCAAACUGGCCACUGGCAAUUUGUCGAAUAUUGUGAGUGGGCCCACUCCCCCGGAAGUCUAUGGCCCAAAGAACUUGGAGCCCAAGAACUUUGGGCCCACCAACCAUCCCUGGCCUGACAUGGAGAAGAAAAGAAGAAGAAAAAAAGACAAAAUUUCAU